GUGAGUACACAGCUACAAGGGGCCGCUAUUGACAUUGUUUGAGAGGUCAUUGGUCAGAUACACGUACUUGUCAUUACAGUACAGGUUACACGCAUGUUAUGCAUACCAAGUGUGGAGUCAACAUCCUAAUUGCAGGAUGCGACUGUCACAUACUUGUCACAAGCCGCUGCAAACGAGUUAGGGGGAGAGUGGGUGAGACCAACCAGGAUACUUGAUGAUAGCCAGAGCACGUGCAUUGGGUGUCGGGAACGUUCUCUGACAUUGUAGUACACGACUUGUCACCUUUUGACGCCUUUCUCUCGUUAUUAAGUUUAUUCCCGUUUGUCGCGGUUAGCUCCACCUUUAGAAUCCGGUGAAGCUGCAGCUAGUAUAGAUGGUGCGAUUGCAAUUUGCACAUCAUUAGGGGCGUUAGAUGGAAGGCAAUGGGUCGACGGACAGUGUGGAAGACUCCGAGUCUCUCCCUGUGCCUGUGUGGGUAGCAGCCGUUGUUGGCGUCACGGGUUUGCUAGCCUUGCUUGUCAUCAGCUUUUGCAUCUAUCGAUGGUUUGCAACACGUAGACUAAGACGGAAAGCGUUGCUAAGCAGAGUUGUGUCGUCUCAGACUCUUCGUCUUCGGCCUCUCUCAAAAGAAAUGUUGGAGUCCAGGACGGUCCACGUGCAGCCGUCGUCGAUUGGCGAACCGGUUGGUACCUCGUCUCGCCACAACAGUAAUUCUACUCUAGCUAGUCUGUCCAAGGUCCAGCUCGAGAGCAGACCUACACUAACCAAGAGAGACUCAUCGACAACAGUUGAAAUACCCAUCUCUCGGGUACGACAGAGAAGUCUCUCUGGGACAGUCAGUCCCACCCUCAGAUCACUCCGAUCUCUGUGCAAGGAAGACCAUUCUCUGACGUUCAGCUUCUACAGAGAAGAAGAAUCGCACGGUACUACAGCCGGUAAAAUUCGUAUUGGUCUACACUACGAUCCUAAAUCCUCAAACUUGACGGUCAGUGUGCUCGAAUGCCAAGAGUUAUUGGACGUGGAAAAAAGAGAAGGUGGUGGAGCACCCGAUCCCUAUGUCAUACUACGGAUGUCAAAUAACAAGAGUCUUAAGUAUCAGACCAAAGUGAAGCAGAAGACGCAUGAUCCGAAAUUUUUCGAAGCCUUUAGAUACCACGAUGUCAGUCUGGAGUCGAUUCCUCAUCAGUCGAUUUGUUUUCAAGUGGUCAAUUUUGACAAGUCAGGAGAGCACAGAGUGCUUGGCGUUCUGGAGUGUUCUCUGGGAACGGUGCAAUUGAAUGUAGAACGCUUGCUAUGGCUGCAUAUCAAAGCGCCUCAGCAUCAAAUGAAUGUUGAGUGUGGAGACGUGUUGAUGGGACUUGGUAUCAUUCCAACAGCUGCAAACUUGACGACACUCACUGUGACUGUAAUGAAAGCACAAAACUUGAAGGCUAUGACUUUAGCUGGCAACUCGGAUUCUUACGCCAAAGUAUCGUUCCUGGCAGAUGGAAAGAGAAUAGCAAAGAAGAAAUCCGAAAUAGCCAAGGGGACCCUACAGCCAGUUUGGAACGUGCCUUUCCAGUUGACUGUUGCAAUGGACGUCCUGAAGCGCACAAGCGUAGUUGUGAGCAUCGUGCACGCAGAUAGACUGACAAGACGUCGUUGCAUCGGACAAGUAGUAGUGGGUUGUGAUUGCCAGGCGUCUAGUCUUGAGGCUCAACACUGGCAAGACAUGCUUGCAUCUCCUCAUCGUCACAUUUCACGGUGGCAUUCGCUGGCUAAAUGUACUGCAAAGUAAAAAAUGAUAUAUGCUUGUAGUUUUGUUUAUUGAGUUAGUUGUUUGCGAAUAUAGAUAAUUAGAUCACAGUGGAUAGUAUAGGCGUGUACUCUAGUGUGCACAUAGAGUUACACGCACACACAAACACACACUUCAAAUUUUAAUUGUAUAUACAGCUUAGCGCACGCGCAAAUAGACACGGCAACGUCACCAUUUGCAGACCGGAGUGUUGGGACAAGUCGCUUGCCUGUCCAAGGAAAAGAGCUGAACACAGGCGUACACCUAUCUGUCUAAAACA